GUCGUGACAGUGGCGCUUGCAUUAACCUUCAUCACAUGGCUACGAAAUUAAAGUUUUCAUUAGCUGAUAAGUUCCAGCCUUGUUUCAAUUCGCAGUAUCCAAUUUUUCAUACAGAAUCAGGAAAAAUAUAUUGUGGACGAGUUGUUGAUGACUCAUUGUGCAUAAACAUUCUAGAUAGCGAAUCAUUCACUUUGGUCGAUAAAAUUCAGGAUGAGGAGUCUAUCACUUCUUUCGUUGUCGAUGAGGUUUAUUCGACAGUUUACAUUGCUACGAAGAACUUGCUUCUGAAGCGCAUUGAUGGCGAAUCUCUAAAAUCCACAAGGGUUUGGAUGUCUUGCCAUCAAAGAAUUGUUCAGAAAAUGUCGUUGAGCAAAUGUUCAACCCGCCUAGCUACAGGAUCAGGGGAUACUGUCGUUCGCUUAUGGCACAUUGGCCCUAAAGAAGGUUUCUCUGCAAGUUGUCGGUUGCAUCAGGGCAUGAUAACACUAUUAAAAUUUCAUCCAACCUUGCCAUAUCUUUUCUCAUCAUCGAUUGGUGAUCAUUUUGUAGCCAUUUGGAAUUCUGAAACCGGGAAGCAUAUCUCUUCUUUAGAAGGUCAUCAAAGCAAUGUUACCAGUUUGGAUUACAAUAUUGAGAAAAAUCAACUGGUUACUUGUGGACGGGAUAAAGUAAUUAUUUUAUGGUCUUCUUCUGACUUUACUCAACAAAAAGUUAUACCAGCCUUCGAAAGUCUAGAAGCCUGCAUCUUUCUUCCUGUCGGUGCCCUCGAAAAUCAUCUGGGUCGCAGUUUUAUUGAGAACAAUACAUCUCUAUUAUUGACUGGUGGUCAGUGGGGUUGUCUGCGUGUUUGGGAUCCAGACACUGGACGUUGUGUGUUGGAGAUCAAAGGUCCUUUGGAUAGAACGCAAUUGGAUUCUGCUGGGUCUGAGUCAACACAAGGUACACUGGAUCGUCACUCUAUUGACUAUGGACUUCAUUCUAUCAGUAGUUUGAAGAUUUGCAAUGUUAAAAGCACUGAUGAUACUACUUCGAAUGAAAAGAAUGUCUUUACCCCGAGAUUAAUUCUUGUUCGCCAAAGUAAUCAUGUUGAAUUCUAUAACCCAUUGGUGGCUAAAUUAACAGCUGAGUUUCUAGGUGAUAUUGGACAAGUUGACCAGUUAUGCAUAGCAGGGAAAAACCAUAAUUUCCUUAUUCUUGCUGAUGCAUCACCUCAUCUUAAGAUCUUUAUGAAUCCCUAUGGACUUGGUUUAAAGCAAGAAACUGAUCAAGAUACUGCUAAGUCUAAUGGGAAAAGAAGUGGUUCAUGGAAGUGUCAUCUUAUUCCUGGUGGUCAUACAGAUGUGAUUAUGGAUUUGACUGUAUCUGUAUGCGGUCAGUGGAUUGCAAGUGGUUCAAAGGAUCAAUGUAUUUGUUUAUGGCGUUUGAAAGAAUCAGACGAUGAGUUACUAUCUCAAUCCUGUAAAAAGAUCCCUGCUAAAGUCGAUCUUAUAACACGAAUCCAAAAGGCACAUGCUGCCCAUAUCAGUGCAGUCUGCUUUGACAAAUUGACGACACAUUUAAUAUCUAGUUCAGAAGAUGGUAUUUUAAAAGUCUGGAACGUUCAGUGCGAUAACUUAGAGAAUCCAGAAACCAUACUGUCAGAAUCGAACACUGUACAUGGUGCUCAUGGCGGGGUUAUAAAUUCAAUUGAUGUAUCAGUUGAUAAUCGUCUUGUUGCUACAGCGUCACGGGAUAAAACGGUGAAGAUAUGGGAAUUUAAAAAACAGUGUUUACAGUGCCAAGGAGUUUUGAAAGGUCAUCGUAGAGGUGUAUGGUCGGUUUGCUUUUCAAAAUAUGAAAAAGUUGUACUUACUGCUUCGGGUGAUGGAGAUGUGAAACUGUGGAAUUUGAAGGAUUUUUCGUGUAUGAGAACUUUGGAAGGUCAUGAUCAACCAGUCUAUAAAGCUGUCUUCCUUUCUCAAGAUAAACAGGUGCUGUCAUGUGACCAAAAAGGUCUAAUCAGAUUAUGGAAUAUUUCUAAACCACCCACAAAGAAGUUGGAGAAGGGUGAAAAUUUUAGUAGACCAUCUGAAGAGACCACUUCUUUGGUUUAUGAAGCACAUGACGGAAGAAUAUGGUCGUUAGCUGUGUGUCCAGAUGAGAGUGGAUUUUUCACUGGUGGUGAAGAUGAAACUCUAUGCUAUUUUGAAGAUAUCACUGAAAAAAUAUUGAGAGAAGCCUCUGAAGUACAGGAGAAUUUUAUUCAAACGCAACAAGAACUCAAUAACCUGAUGCACAGACGAAUGUAUGCUGAAGCUGUUCAUUUGGCUAUCAAACUAGACCAGCCUAAACGAACACUGGAUAUUUUUCAAGAACUUCUAACCCAAGAUAUCGUAGAACGACCUUCUAAAGAGCAUCAAAAUAUCAAGUAUCCUACAUACGCAGCCAACUUACUGUCAGUACUUGAUGGUUUUGUAAGUAAGAGUCAAAAUGAUGGUUCUGAAGACUCAAUUUCUUUAACCCAACGACUUUUAUCCUAUGCUAUCAACUGGAACACAAGAACAAGGACAUCAAUGAUUAGUCAAUGUGUUUUAAACUGGAUUCUUACUCGUUGGACACCGGAGGAACUAUUUGAAUGGCCAAAUUUUAGUCGAGUGAUCCAGUCUCUACUCCCAUAUACAAAUCGUCAUUAUCAGCGUAUCUGUAGGUUAGAAGAACAGUUAGCUAUUUUGGAUUAUAUAUCAGAAUUGACAGAUGAACAUUUAAUUCCUACUAGUUCUACUAUUGAUUACACUAAUCAGAAAUCGAUUAUUGAACCAAUGAAUUUAGAUAAUGAUCAGGAGUUAACAUUGAAUAUUUCUAAAUAAGGUCAACGAUAGGAGAUUUGGAGAAUACGUAGUGAAGAAAUAAACCACAAUGUAUAUAAUUAUCUCCGAUUUUGAAAUAAUUUAACUGUGCAGCUACAAAAAAAAGUUAAAUUAUAGUCAAGUGUUUAAUUGAGUAAUACAUUUUUUCUGAAGUUUUU